UUUGCGAAUGACAGUUUACACAACUGUCAAAUGGAAUGUGCACAAAUACUGGAUCAGAACUUACUCAACGAUUUAAUCGCUUUAAUUGCUUGGUUUAUGUGAAUUAACGUACACGCGAUAAUUUGAAACCUUCAUAAUAUUUUGCUAAUUUUAGUAGUUCUCUUUGAAAAACAUGGAAAAUUUGUGGGAAAAAGAGUUGUGUGAAGGAAGUACCAGUUAUGUUGAUAUAUUUGACGAUAUUAAAACCGAAUCAGUGUCGAGUGGCCAUGGUUUAAGCAAAAAUGAUUUGAUAUCAACGCAACUUCGAGAAAAGGGCAAUCAAAAAUUCAAAGAUAGCCUCUGGAUCGAUGCGAUGGAUUAUUACAAUAAAAGUCUUCGUUUCGCUGCGAUUGGCACAAAGAACAUGAGUUUUGUGUAUGCAAAUCGUGCGGCUUGUUUUUUGCAUUUGAAAAUGUUCGACAAAUGCCUGAUCGAUAUUGAAAUGGCCAAGGAAGGAAACUACCCAAAAGAAUUGUUACCAAAGUUGGAGAAACGUGAAGCGGAUUGCUUGAAAAUGAUGAAGCGAGAAAAACAAGAGCAUCUUUUGGAGCGAAAGCUAAGCUUUGAAGCAAAUGCAAAUUUCCCGUGUUUGGCCAAUGUGGUGGAGAUUCAAUGGAACGACGAGUUUGGACGGCAUGUCAUAGCCAAGUGUGAUUUACCAGCCGGCAAGACAAUUUUGGUUGAAAAAUCCUUUCUGUCAACCACUUUAUCGGGGCCAUUCAUCGGCUGUGCUACGUGCCAACGAACCACAAUGAAUUUCAUUGCUUGUGACCAUUCAAUGAUGUCAUUGCUUGACAGCACCAUCGCUGUGUUUUGUGACGACCACUGUAAGCAAGCCGGACUACAUAAAUAUGAUUGCAACUUUGUCUACGAUCGAAACCAAGCCAAUGAUAGUCAACUACGAAUGAUGGCGCAGACAAUUUUCUUUGGUAUGGAUGCGAUGGAAAAUAUCGAUGAGAUGAUUCAGUUCGUCGAAGAGACCGAACGAAUCAAAUCCAGUUGGACACCUGAUUCGAUCGUUGACGCUAAAUCCAAAUACCGCCUAUUUUUGACGCUUGCUGCCUUUCCCGAUGAAAAUGAGAAGAAGUCUUUAGUUGUAAAAGCAAAAAGUCUGUAUGGGAUAUUGAUCGGCAUACCAACGGUAAACGGUGUAUUCAACACAACAGAAAAACAACAAUUUCUCAAGCAUCUUGUCACUAAGCACGUGGUCAUCGCAAGUCAAAAUGCCAUCAAUGCGACGCAGAAUCAGUGCCAACGUAUCGCUACACUGGGCCUCAUUUUUCCUUUGUUCAACCAUGAGUGUGCUCCGAAUCUGUUAAACUUUUCAAUUGGCGACCAACAAGUAUGCAUUACCAUGCGGCCUGUGAAAAAGGGUGGACAACUGUUCGUGUCAUAUGUUACUGCCGACGUUUCAACUAGACUGCGACAGACUCAUUUAAUGAACAAUUUCGGAUUUUUAUGCAAAUGUGAUAAAUGCGAGCUCAAAUCUUCGACAUUAGCUGCCAAAAAGUUAUUGGCAGACCCGCUUUAUCUUUUUCUGCAACGAAAUCGCAAAGUUGAUUUGUUGAAUGAUACCAUCAGAGCGAACAUCAAGGAAAAAUGCAUCGAUUUGUUGAACAAACACGGACAAACUUGGUUUCCGGAGCUGGAAUUCGUCGUGGAUUUGUAUGUUAAGAGUGAGCUGUAUGAGCAUUGAAAACGACGACUGUUUGAACAUAAAAAAUGACGAAUAUUCGGAUUUUAUUAUUUGUUACAAUUCGACUCGAACCAUUAAGCCGUGACAUUUCGUCGCCAAAAAAAUGACGUUCAUAAUAAAACUUCUUUCGAGAAAGCAAUUAAA